AUGGAAUUUAGCAACGCAGACCCUCUUGACUGGACGGUCGAUGAAGUAGUGAAUUUCCUUUGCCGCAAUCCCGAAACUCCGUGGUCCAAGUCCAACUCGAGCGCACCCCGACCGAAUCCCGCUUCGUUCGAAAAUGCACUACGCGAUAACUUAAUCACGGGAGAGGUGCUUUUACAAGAUGUGGAUAAGGACGUGUUGAAGGAUGAUCUAGGACUCAAAGCUGUUGGGCACCGGGGCUCGAUAAUGCGGGCUAUUGGCUUUCUUCAGCAAUGUUCGCCGAAAUUUCAAACUUCAAAGUCUGAACAGAACUUUGUACUGCCCUCACCGUCCCCGCUGCAGCCACUGCCCCACCUGCAUCAUACCAAUGCCCACUCGUCCCCUGUCCAGCAUUCAAGCCCAGUGCCACCGACUGCGCCCAGCACUCCUUCGCUACACAAGCUACCCACAACAGCUGCUGUUUCAGGUACUCGCGAUGCUGGGAACGGACCAGAUAGCCUACACGGAGCCGUCGAAAACGGCCCAGAGAUCAAUGUACUUGCUGGUCCUCGAGAGGUGCCUGAGACCUCGACAUCGAAUCACUCACGUUCUCAUGAAAAAUUUGUGGUUGACGAAAAUGGCAAGAAAAGACGAAGGCUCAACUUAACCACUUUUGUGGAAUCUCAGAGCGAUGGUGUCGUUUCGGAAAUCUCAGGUGAUGAGAAAUCAAAAAGCUGGUAUAUGGGUCCUAAUGCUCUUACUCUGGACCGAGUUUUCUACUCCUCAGACUCGGGGGGAGAUGACCAGACGUUCACAUUAGUACCAUCUAAAUUACCAAAUGCGCAACGCACCUUUGUAAACCGACGUCUCAGUUAUUUCUUCCAACAAUUACCCAUCGACUUAGGUUCUGGCCACGGAUUUUCACAUAAGGCUGUUAUUCCCUACAACCCUUCCAUGAUAAAGUCAACCAACGAUAGAUUUUUCACCCUAUACACGGCAGAGAAGGGCGUGAUUAACACCAGUAAGGAAAGAAUCAAUGAUUGGCCCCAGUUAUCGCACCAGACAAGAGUGAAUGACGAAGCCCAGUCGUCAAGUGAAUUGCCAAAACCCUCAGACCCGUUUUCAUAUUUGCUUCAAAAAUACCCAGCUGAGGAGGGCUCUGGAGAUGUAUUUCCCAUUUACGGAGACUCUGGUUCUGAAGGUGAAUUUGACGAAGAGACCUGGCAAGAGAUGGAGGAGGAACAGAGCGAGCCUAUGCCCCAUAAGCAGAAGAAGCUUGGUCUCACCGAAGUGGAAUCCAUUAUUGAAGAUUGCGUCUCUGCAUAUGAGGCAAACUGGCACGAAUCUCACUUGCCAAAGGAACAGUGCAAGGCGCGAAAACUUUGGUUGGUUGCGAGAAGGGGGAAUCGUGUCAACCAGGAUACCAAAUCUUUAGCGAGAGAUAUUGGGUUGCUAGCAGCUCGCUUGCAGAGGCUCCAAGAGGAGAUUCGCAAGAACGAAUACACCACAGAAGCCGAGCUACGCACACAAUGCCAGUGCCUGGAACACACUGUUUUCAAUAUCCAAAAACAGAAGUUCCGUGUUUCGGUGCUUGAACAAGAAAAGUGUCCCCCGGGAGUGUCUGCACCUCCCAAACCUCGAAACCCGCCAAAAUCGAGGACCGGAGAUGAGGAAUCCCUUGAUUCGGAGUCCGACUUUUCUGAGGGUGACACCUUCGAUGACUUCAUUGUUGAUGAUGUUGGAACACCAAAAGUUCCUGCGGCUGGAAACUCUCCUGACACGUCCUCGUCGUCCGAUGGCGACGACGAUAUUAUCAGUGUUUCCGGCACAAGACGCAGGACUCGGGGUCGACCACCUAAGGUCUUUGGAUCAAGUAGCCCUUCUAUUUCUCCAUCUCCCCCUCCCGCCUGGCCUCUUCAUGAGAAGCCCGAAGUCAUCGAUCUAACUAUGGAGGAACCCGAUGACGAUCUGCGGAUAGAGACUCCCCCUCUAAAUCCUGUGGGAUCCGCCAAAUCACAUUUUCAUGAAGCUAAGCUGCCGAGACUCAGCACCUCUAUGUCACCACCACCCAGUAUUGGCUCCCUGGAGAGUAGCGCUCUCCCGAAAACAGAAAAUGACGCACGUUCUCUAGGGCCCAAAAUCGAUGAUAUUGAGGGAAUCAUGUCAUUGGAUUGGGAGUUUCUUGAAGCGCGUAAAGACCGCCGUCGAUUAUUGGCUAAACUUGUUGGUGGACUUGCCGAUAACGAGCGGACCAAAUUGGCAACGCAUAUCCCGGAAUAUCAAUUCUCAAAGCUAAAGCCCCUGGUACGCAGAGCUCUUAAGUCUUUGGGCAGCGGCAGGGUAGAUGCCCCAGGAAUGGAUUCUGAUGAGAAUCGUUUAAUUAUGAGAACAGCUUCAUUUUAUGUGGCAUGGUUGAACUGCAUUCGUUUGGAUGUAGAAGGUAUCCCAAAAAAGGACGUUCAGAAGGCUCUUAAUCGUCUUGAUUCCGACGGGUUUGACCGCUACUAUGAUGAACUCAUUGAACGGUUACGGAACUGCCGCGCGUGGAAUCAAAAGACAGAAGCUACUGACCCAGAAUCUGAUCAGGAGCCCCAUGAUACACCCCAUAAAAAGCGAAAAAGGGAAGUCAAAGAAAGUCAGUCGGCAAAAAUGACACAGGCGAGCGCUCAACGUCGUGUUGCACAGCAAGAAAAGCAGAAGGAGAAACUCGAAAAGCGGCUAGAAAGCAUGGGCCUAGCCAAUGAUAAUCCCAGCCGUCAGGCCGUCAGUUUUAAGGACCCUAUUAUUUACUUGAAUUCCCACAUUGGUCAACGCGUAAAACCACAUCAACUCAAAGGCAUCCAAUUCAUGUGGCGGGAGUUGAUAGAGGAUAAGGAUCGACAAGGAUGUCUAUUGGCCCACACAAUGGGACUAGGGAAAACAAUGCAGGUCAUAUCGCUACUUACCACGAUAUAUGAGGCCACUGCUUCCUCUGACCCAAAAGUCAGUCGCCAGAUUCCGGAAGCUCUCCGUCGGCUGCAGACCUUGAUUAUUUGUCCGUCAUCCCUGAUUGAGAAUUGGCAAGAUGAGUUCCAUAUGUGGUCACCAAAGAUCUGGCCUAUGGUGAGAAGGAUUUCAACUACGGACAAUUUAAAUGCACGCCUACAAGAAAUAUCCGCAUGGUAUGACCAUGGCGGAAUUCUCUUAAUCAGCUACAAUAUUUUUCGAGACUGGAUCAUCAACAAUGAUACUGGUAAAAAGGGCAAACCUCUAUCAGAUCCUGACCAUGAGAUGGUUAAGCGUUGUCUUCUUCAAGGGCCCAAUCUCAUCAUCGCUGACGAAGCCCACAAGAUGAAAAAUGCUUCCUCUGCAACCUAUAUGGCGGCAAUACAACUCCGCUCUACGAGUCGUAUUGCUCUGACGGGCUCCCCCCUUGCUAACAAUCUUAGCGACUACUAUACCAUGGUCAACUGGAUUGCAGAAGACUACCUUGGGAGCUCUGUCGAGUUCAAGGCCAACUACGUAGAGCCCAUCGAGCAAGGUCUCUAUGCCGACAGCACAUACACCGAAAGGCGACGGUCUCUCAUGAGGCUCCAGGUACUUAAACAGAUCCUGGAGCCAAAGAUCAACCGUGCAGACAUAACAGUUCUUGCGGGAGAUUUGCCGCCCAAGGUAGAAUUUGUUCUGACUGUACCUUUGACUAAGCUACAGAAGUCAGCAUACGAUUCCUAUGCAGCAUUUGUGCUGCAAGGUCGAAUGGAGGAUAUUGCACAGACCCAAUUAUGGUCAUGGCUAGCCAUUCUCGGGUUAUGCUGCAAGCACCCCGCCUGCUUCUGGGAAAAGCUUAUAAGUCGCGCACAAGAUGCCACGACGAAGAUGAGUGAUGGCGAACAACAACCAGUUCCUGGCGAUGAGUCUAUCGACAAAAUUGGAAUACCAAACUUAGGGGCACUUGUGGCUGAACAGCGUGAUAUUUUUGGGCAAGUCGCUGAUUUGAAAGCUGUAAAGCUUUCAGCUCGAACGGAGAUUGUGAACAGGAUCAUCGACGAAUCUAUCAAAGCCGGUGAUAAAGUUUUGAUUUUCUCUCAAAGUUUGCCAACACUCAACUAUCUUGAACAUGUUUUGCAGGCCUCUGGCCGGCGCUACUCGCGUCUCGAUGGACAGACACCAAUUGCUACCAGACAAGCGGCCAUAAAGCAGUUCAACCGGGGCUCCCAACAACAGGUCUACCUUAUUUCAACUCGGGCAGGAGGGCUCGGUCUAAAUAUUCCAGGCGCCAACCGCGUUAUUAUCUUUGACUUCUCCUUCAGCCCGACCUGGGAAGAGCAGGCUAUUGGGCGUGCAUACCGUUUGGGGCAGCAAAAGCCAGUCUACGUAUACCGAUUUCUCACUGGGGGCACCUUUGAAGAGAUUAUACACCACAAAGCAAUAUUUAAGACCCAGCUCUCCGUCCGUGUUGUUGAUAAGAAGAACCCCAUACGUUUUGCUUUAAAGAAGCCUGGCGAUUACCUGUUUCCUGCAAAGCCUGUUAACCAAGAAGAUGUCUCUGAAUACAUUGGGAAAGACAAGCUGGUCUUGGACAAGAUUUUGCGUGAAGACCAAGAUAGAAGGAUAGAAGACAGAUUGAUACGAAACAUCACACUCACAGAGACAUUCCAAAGGGAGGACAACGACAAACUGACCGACGAGGAGAGAAGAAGCGUCCAGGAAGACUUUGAUGACGAAAACCUUCGCCGAAGAGACCCCGCUGCUUACAACAAACGAAUCCGCGAGAGACAAAUGACAUUGAUGCAACAACAGCAUUAUGCGCUUUCAUUCAAUCAAUUUCCGAUUUCGGUGGCACAUGGAGUCUAUCAGCCUUCAGACCUACAAGGUACAGCUUAUGGCGGCCAACAUGCUUCACGACCGGGAACCGCUGUGUACCCAGCUCAAGGACAAUCCGAAGUUCCAAACAGUGCGCAUAACAAUGGCCCUCCCGCUCUUGUUCCGGAUAUGAUUCCUUAUCAACCUCCAAAAUCAACCUCCGAAUCUGGUGCACCAUCUCCCUUCACAAAAAGCCCGCUGAUAGGAGAUGCGAGAGAAAAUGCACAUGUCCAUCCGACUGGGCCAUCCUCCCAGCAGCAAAUGGAUUCGACAACAAGUCGCCCAGCACCGGUUACUACAAGCAUUCCGCGUUCUGCAACCCCCCAAACCCACACUCAAAAUACAGAUGCUCGUCCACGCGCAUCUUCAACACCUGGAUCACAAGAACGGCAGAAAUUUGGCUGCGGGAACCAGUGA